AUGAUUCGGUGUAUUAUUCUAUUGUGUUUAACGUAUCAGGCUUUUGGCCAGCGUUGUCCUUUGGGAUGGUUACCGUUCAAAGAUAAUUGUUACAAAUUUAGCGAUAGAUGGUUUAGCUGGGAUGAUGCACGAGCUGUGUGUAAAGCUAGACAAGGAGAUCUGGCUGACGUCAGGACACUAGAAGAACGGGAUUUCAUAGUCGGCGAGAUUCGAUCUAGACGACAACACUUCUGGUUUGGCUUGAACGAUAAAGCACGAGAAGGAAAAUAUGUUUGGCCAGAUGGGUCUCCACUGGACAACAACCUCGCACUAUGGGCAAAGAAUCAGCCAAAUAACUGGAAGAAUCGCCAAGACUGUGGCUUAUGGCAGAUUUGGAAUAGCACCGAAGUCAGUUGGAAUGAUGGGGAAUGUUAUGCAAACUAUAGAUACAUCUGCAAACGGAGUAUAAAUACCGUUGAUAAAUGCGAUUUCUCUAACGGCUGGGUACCAUUCGGAGACAAAUGCUUCCGGUUGGAAGAGAGCAAGCUUAGUUGGAGGGAUGCCCUUGCGCGUUGUAAAUCCAUGGACGGCAACUUGGUGGGGAUCGACACACAGGAGAAGCUUCGGAUGAUAUCAGAUACAGUCACCUGUACGGACACCAAUAACGCUGUCUGGAUAGGUCUCUCUGAUAUAAAAAGUCCCGGAAACUUAGCCUGGGCAGAUGGCGUUGCUGUAACAAUUACCAACUGGGAUGUUGGCCAACCUAAAUUAGCUGUCCCAGGAGGUGAAAAUUGUGUCGAGGUUCUCGCCAACACGAGGUACAAGUGGCGUGUUACAGCAUGUGAUGUCGAAAAAAAGGCCAUUUGUGAACGUCCACAAGGUACAUUUUAA